AUGCGAGCCGAAUAUAAGAAAAGCGAGUCAGAAAACGCGUCCAUACUUUUCCGAUGGAACGAGGAUUCCCUGUGGAACGAAGGAAUACUAGCGGUUCCUGCGUUUAUGUCAGAAGUAUUCCAGAGCGAUGUCUCGCGAUCUCAUUACAAAGAUUUUCUGCAGCAGCCGCAAUUUGAGAUGCGAAACUUCUCACACUAUGAAAGCUCAGACUUGGGAAAACGUUUUCCUCCUGUCAGAAAUCGGGCAUGCCCUCAGAAAAUUCUUGGCCACGGUUCUAAACUUUACACCUACAUGAUGACCGACGAACCGGUCAGAACACUGAAAUGUGUUCUAGUGGGUGAUGCUGCUGUGGGAAAGACGUCGUUGAUUGUUUCUUACACUACCAACGGGUACCCACAGCACUAUGUCCCAACAGCGUUCGACAAUUAUUCAGGUAAAUGUUUAUUCGACGUGGAGUGUAACCCUGCUGGUUUUCAAAGAAACUGGUCAUUAUCCAGUUUUCCGGAUGCCUUUGAAAAAACUUUAAACUGUAAAAAAGAAUGA